AUGUUCUGGAGGGACCGUGAGAGGGAGAACCAAGAGUUGAACGGUGGGGUCUUAUGUGGGCAGGUCAGAGUGCUCGUUGUUGGUGAUUCAGGUGUUGGGAAGACUUCGUUAGUUAACCUGAUUGUAAAAGGUUCUCCAAUUGCUCGCCCUCCUCAAACAAUUGGUUGUGCAGUUGAUGUGAAGCAUACUACUUAUGGAAAUUCAGGCAGCUCUUCUAAUAGCCUAAAAGGUGAUUCUGAGAGAGAUUUCUUCGUUGAACUGUGGGAUGUCUCAGGACAUGAACGGUACAAAGAUUGCCGGUCUCUUUUUUAUUCACAGAUUAAUGGUGUAAUUUUUGUUCACGAUCUUUCACAGAGAAGAACAAAGACUAGCUUGCAGAAGUGGGCAGCUGAGAUUGCUGCAACUGGGACAUUUUCAGCCCCUUUGGGAUCUGGUGGCCCUUGUGGCCUUCCUGUUCCAUAUAUUGUUGUUGGUAACAAAGCUGAUAUUGCUGCACAAGAGGGUUCAAGAGGAAGCAGUGGGAAUCUUGUUGAUGCUGCACGCCAAUGGGUUGAGAAGCAGGGUUUGCUUCCAUCCAGUGAGGAGCUUCCUUUGACUGAGAGUUUUCCUGGUAGUGGGGGCCUUAUCGCCGCUGCUAAAGAAGCAAGGUAUGACAAGGAGGCAUUGAUGAAAUUUUUCCGCAUGUUGAUCAGGAGAAGAUAUUUCUCAGAUGAAAUACCUUCACCGGCAUGGUCCUUUCCUUCUGUUCAGAGACCAGCUCAGCGUAUAGAUGAAAAUUUCAUAGAAGAUGAUCAGUCCUAUAAUAAACGUCUAAGCAGUGAUCAUUACAAGUACAACACGCUUCCCCCACUUCCAGCACAACGCAAUCUAACACCGCCACCCACACUCUAUCCUCAACAGCCAGUUUCGGUGACGGAAAACUAUAGUUUCCCUAGAUUUUCUUUGUCAGGAACCUCAGAAAUCAGUGCUGUGGCCAGAACAAAGCGAUCAGAUAUUAAUGUCUGA